UUUCCUCUAAAACCUCUUCCUACCCACACACAACUCCCCGCAUAACGUCCACGGAACUAUGCUCGCUUUCGGACCCUGCAAACACUACCUCCAAAUGCCUCCUCAGCCCAGCUCUGGUAGGCUUCUGAGACCAAUACCAUCUUUCUAUCAAGGAAAGAAGGUUAAGAGCAGGGAGCUUGUGGUGAAAGGGUGUCAAGGAGAGGAAAAGAAGAGCCAGAAGAGAAGGUUUCUCAGCGUAGAGGAAGCUGGCCUGGUUGAGAUCUCUGGCCUCAGCACUCACGAGCGCUUCUUAUGUCGAUUAACGAUAUCAUCAUUGAAUCUUCUGAGAGUAAUAUCUGAGCAGGAAGGGGUUCCCAUUGAGGAGCUUAAUGCUGGUCGAAUUUGUGAUUGGUACUUGAAAGAUAAGCUCAAGAGAGAACAGGAUUUUGAAUCUGCAGUCCUCCAAUGGGAUGAUUCUGACUUUUAAUAUAUGUAAUUAAUUUUCUCUCAAAAAUCAAAUGUCAGCAAUUGGUUAUUCAAUCAUAUAAUGUAAUUUCUCAUAAAAAAAGAAUAAAAUGAAAAUAUUGUACAUCACUCACCAAACUUUCAUUUC